AUGCGGAUGAUGCGGGAAUGGCGACAUCUCAAGAUGCUCAAGCACGCCGGACGUGGUCAUGACCCUGGAGGUGCUGCAAGCACUCUUCCCGGGAGUUGUGUGGUACUCUGCCCAGCCUGUCCCCAUCCGGGGAAGAAUUUACACGCAGACUGGGCCAUAGCACCGAAGGAUAAGAGCUGGCUCUAUAGGCUGUUCCUAUGUAUUGACGCCAACUUCUGCCUCAAGCGCAAGAAAGUCUCAUCUGAUAAGGUGGAUCCAGGCCUCAACCAUGGCUACACAUACUUCGUGGAGGAGAAGUCUUACAAAGACCACCUUCACAUGUAUGACAAGGUGUUCCCCGACAACAUCAGUACAUGCAACAAUCAUGACGCGCUGAAACUCGCUAGCAUGAAGGGAGCCCAUCAAGGUACGGCUGCCAGCGGUGUUGGGACUGUGGAUUGCGCACGCCAUGACAUGAAGCAUCCGUACUCGGUUGGUGAUUUGCAGAAGGGAGAGCGGUACAUGAACAUGACUACCUAUUCUGGUCUACAGUCGGUCAGCACAGUCAAUAUGGAACAAAUGAUAUUGUCGUAUCGUACGACAUCGUCUGUCAGUGGUCAAAAAACAUCUGGAAUCGCUUUAAACACUACGGCCUGCCAUCUGGACUCAUCAACCACGAUUUUACAUUUGUUAUUCCCAAGUUCCAUCUUCUCACACAUCAAGAAUCAUGCUGAGUCGCCUGCUCUUUCAACCUCCUCCCGUGGGUCGCUCGGACUGAUAGUGAAGGAGUCGAGCGAGAACACGCAUCACACAAUCUACGAUGCGUUUGGCGACUAUAACUGGCGCAAGAUAUGUAACACUGCGCGCACGUUUCUGGCGAAGGUCAAGACUGUGGUACAGGAGCAUUGUGAACAUAUUGCCGUGUUUCAAGACUUCGAUUCUGUUAUGAUGGCAGAAUCAUCAGCCGAAGGGUGGAAGGACAUGAUUGAAGCCUGGGAGAUCGAUUCUAUGGCUCCAAAUCCAUUUGUGGUCACUCGGCCUACUAUAACACUUGCCGGUGCACGUCUCCAGCUGGCUGAGGAGGAAGCAGCCAAUAUCAAUGAAGGAUGGGGUGUUAUGGUACAUGAGGAGGUAUCUGCAAGUAUGAUGAUCAACAAUGGUCUAGAUCUAGAAGAAUGGCAACAGCGUCUCCGAGUUGAUGUGGCAGCUCUCAGUCAACAUGCAACCGAGCUCCAAUGCACGAAGAUACAGGAGAGGCACAAUGUGCUUCAGCACAGGAUCGAGAAAUGGUAUGGGGUUCAACGACUGUAUAUGCCGGGUGUCGAUGUACUGCGCACACGCACGGCUGCAUCUCGGGAAACACCUUUCAUGGCCCACGACAUGCCGCUGCUUUUGCCAUUCACCGUCCAAGGACAAAUGGCUUGUGACUCUGCUUUGAUGGAUGUCGAAUGGCGCCUUCGCUACGCACUUGCGAACGACAUCCUCAAUAAUCUCCGUCGUCACCUGCAACUCCGCUCUCACAUGUUUAUAUACAAGGAUCGCUUCGUGCGUGGCCAGCAAGAGAACACACGUGCGAGGACCACUAUUCAAUCUGUCGAGGACACAGUUAAUGCGGACACCACUCACUAUUGUACUACCUUUACGGCCCUUGUAGCAUUGGCUGUACCUCUUGCCAAGAGUGGUUGGCAAGCCGAGUUGCAUCCGCUCAAUCCGGCGGAUGUGCGUGGGAUGACGGAGGUGUUUCUGAGGAGAGCGAAGGUACCAGGACUCUGUCCUGGGUCUGGAUGGCUCCAGGAGCAGGCGAUAGCGUGGUAG